AUGGCAUCCGACAACAGCUCUAAGUCCGAAUCUGACGACAAAAGGGAUGACCAAAAUUCCCAGCAUCAACAGUGGCUACAGAUCUGCCAACAGUACAACCUCCAAACUGCCGAGGCAAACCGUCAAGAUGCGGUAGCGGCCCGCCAACGUGCAGAUGCUGUGGACGCAUGGAGUAUGGGAUCUAGGAGCUCUUCCGAGGACGAAGCUGGGGACACGACUGGAGACAAUGCCGUGGAAGUGACUGUAGACGAGACUGGUGAAGUUACUGUGGACGUGACUGGCGAAGUGACUGGGGAAGAGCCUGGAAACGAUCCAGAGCAACCCAUUUGA